CUCUUGGCCUGGACAGAGAAUGAGUCAGGGGAUAGACUACAGACAGGCAAUUCUGCGGGCGAGUCGCGUGGCCUUCGGCUGUAAGCAGUUUGACUGAAGUAGUGCCUAGUAGAACACAAGAGAAACUGUCCUUGCCUUCUUUACGCCUGAGACUAAUUACAGCUGACGCAAUGAACGCAGGGCGGCCGGACGGGCGUGGAGUGAGUGGAGCAAAUGUAUGCUGUUUGACGGGUUUAAACUACUUUCUUCUCAAAACCACAACAAUCAUCACAAAUCUACCUACACAGACAAACGUCUUCUGAUCAACAACUUGAGUAGGCGAUCAACUUAAAGACAGAUAUUCUCUCCUCAAACGCAAUUGUCAGAUAUCUUAAAACACAGACAGCAAUAACAAAAUGUCAGACUUCGAUACCGUAAUCAUUGGAAAGAAGGCAAGACCACAAGGAGGUGGCGGUGGUGGAGAACGUGGUCCAACAGCUCUCGAACGUGCUCGUGCAGUUGGAGCAGUGACCGAAAACGAUCGUAAAACGGCCGCAGGAGGAAAUAAAGGUCACGCCGGACCUGAUCAUGCACAUUUGGCAAAAUUAGAUCGUGAUAAUGAAGUUGCACCACCGGCAAAAGUUGCUCCAACGGUUGGAAAGGCAAUCGGACAAGCACGUCAAGAAAAAGGAUGGACACAAAAAGAUUUAGGUCAAAGAAUCAAUGAAAAACCUCAAGUCAUUCAGGAAUACGAAUCGGGAAAAGCUCAACCUAAUCCGCAAAUUAUGGCAAAGAUGGAACGUGCUUUGGGUGUGAAAUUGCGUGGUGCUAAUGUCGGAGCCCCUCUUGGUGGACCAAAGAAGAAGUAAAUGGAGCAUUUGGAGGAAUUGCAGUCACAUAGGUGUUUCAGAAUUGUAUCAAACUUAGUAUUCUAAUCGAUCUUUAGACGCUUUUUAGAGGCCUACAUUAUUGAGUGAAAGUGCGAAUGGAAUUUUUGUAGAUGUAGGGUACAAAGAUGGGGAACAAGCCCUUCAAGCAAGCUCCUCGUUGAAUGUUCUUCCGAUCAACAUUCGGCGGAUUUCCUGUGUUCCGGCUCCUACAGCGUAUAAACGGCUAUCCAUUAGAAUUCUA